UAUCCUCCCUCCUCUGGGUUUUUUGUCUUCCUCUCGCUCCUCCAUGUUUAUUUAUUACCUGACAGUAUCUGCAGGUGGUUUAAUUGAUUCUACUUCUGCCUGCGACUACUACCAAGGUGAUCAUGGACUACACUCAGUCUUUCUCAGCCCUCAACGAGAGGCUGAAGCCCCGAAUCACCACCAGUGAGCAGCUCUACUCCUCCCUGAACAGAUUGGAGGACAGACAGUCGGGCUCGCUCAGGAGCCUAUAUUUACCGUACCGACCUACAGUUCUGCCAGGACAUCCAGAAGCAAAAGUCUCUGUGACUCUACCAGAAUCAGAAGAUCCAGAGGAACCUGAAGAUGUCACAGAGCAAGAGGAUUUGGUUUCUGAUGACCCAGAAGAACACGGUGCUGACCUGCUGCCCUUUAACAACUCAUGCCUCAUCACUGAGUUGAAUCUAAAAGAUGUGGGUGAAGAGGAGCUGGUUGACGAGGACAACAGCAACUCACCGUCUGAGGAUAAAGACAUUCCAGGUGAACUGACCUCAAAGGGGAAAGGUGAUUCCUCAAAAUCAGCAGCCGGUGAAGAUGGGAGCUCCAUGCAGAGGGACUACAUAGACGGGACAUUACCAGACCUGAUCAGGAGCGGCAGGACUCUCUGCAGACGUCGGACACUGGGACAUGUCUCAGAGACACUCAAAGAGGUACGCAGAGAAGUGGAGCUGUCUCGGAGACGAAGCAUCAAACUUAAAGCCCAGGUGGACAAACUACAGGAGAGCAGAGAAGGAGUGGGCUGGAGCCAACACAGAGAGAGGGUCACAGAGGAGGUCCUGUCUGUUCUGCGACUGCUGCACCCACUGACGGAGCCAGAGUCCGGCCCGCUUGAAAACGCUCAUGGUGAAAACCACCUGGACGCCGCUCUGGCCCAGCUGCAGAAUGUGGCCCGACAUCUGGCUAUCGGCCACACCAAACAGCUGAAAUCUGGGAAAGCAGCAGAGGACAGUGCUAUUCUCCAGCAGGCGCUGUGUGACAGAGAUGAGGCCAUAGAGAAAAAGAAGGCGAUGGAGGCCGAGCUGCUGCGGAGUAAAACAGAGAUGAUGUUGCUGAACAAUCAGUUGCUGGAGGCCGUGCAGAAACGUCUGGAGCUCUCGCUGGAGCUUGAGGCCUGGAAGGAGGACGUUCAGCUGAUCCUCCACCAGCAGUUGCAGAGUCAGCAGCAGGCAGAGCAGGCCCAGAAGAAGCCCUCCCGCCUGGGCAUCCUGAGGAGAAACAACAAACCUCCCAUCCAGCGGCCGGCCAGCAUACCUACAGCUGCACCUCCCACAACCAACUCAAGCCAGAUCUUUGUCUCCAGAUCUGCAGUUUCUGCUGCUCCAACUCCAACCACGCCUCCUUCUACCCCUUUCCAACGCAACUGGAGGGACAAGCUGAAGAGGAACAAGACCAGUCGUCAAGGAGACCAGGAUGCAGCGGGACAGGAUUCAGAGUGGGGCAGGGGUCACAGUGGCUUCCAGGUUGUAUCACUUGAUUGAAACAGUGACAACUUUGCACUUUAAGUACAUUCAUUCUGAAGCACAACAAUUUAAAGUCCCCCUUGAGUCAAUAAUGUGUUUCGCUUAUUGUCACUUGGUAGUUUAAACUUCACUGUGCAGAAUGAGGUUUGACACUAGAAGGCUGUUUUUACAUCUUAAGUCUGAGUUUAAGACGUGUACAUACGAGCUGAUCACAACUAGUUUUGGAAGUCGAUCGUUGUUCUACAUGCAACUUACAUCACGAACGAACUCUUCACUGAAUUGGGAGACAUCUGGUGUCCAGUAGUCACACACGAAGGAAUAAUAUUUACAUAUUCAUAGAUUCCUUUUUAUAAGUUGAAGUAAUUUUAACAAGUUUUUUUUUUUAUAUUA